UGCAGCAUUGAAUUAAAUUUUUUUUCAGGAUGUUAUUCUUGCCAGUGGGUGUUCUGGUGCAAUUGAGUUGGCCAUUGAUGUCUUAGUCGACCCAGGAGAUAAUAUACUCAUUCCUAAACCUGGAUUUUCUUUAUAUAAAUGUCAUUCUGGUUCGAAGGACAUUGAAACACGAUCAUAUGGGCUGAUUGUAAGUUGUUAAACUUGCAAUCUGUAUAUAAUUAAAAUUUUCAUCGUGAUUGGCACUACUGUGCCAGAGAGUCUCUAGAUAAUUACCGAACUCAUACUUUUUUUCUUCUCGCAGCCAGAGAAAUGUUGGGAAGCAGAUUUAGAGGAGAUGGCUUCACUCAUUGAUGACAGGACAAGACUGAUAGUUGUUAUCAAUCCUUCGAAUCCCUGUGGGUCUGUUUACACCAAGGAACAGUUGGAGGCUAUUUUAGAUGGUAAGUGUGGUGGUGAUGGUGUGGUGAUGAUGGUGAUCUUGGCAGUGCAUGAUGAUGGUAGUGGUAAUGAUGGUGGUGAUGAUGGUGGUGUGGUGGUGAUUGUGGUAGUGUAUGGUGGGGGUGGUGGUAGUGGUAAUGGUGGUGGUAGUGAAUGAUGGUCAUGAUGGUACGUGUGGUGGUGAUGGUGAUCAUGACAGUGCAUGGUGCAGAUGGUGAUGGUAGUGAUGAUGGUGUUGAUGAUAGUGGUAGUGAUGGUAAUUGUGUUGAUGGUGGGUAAAACGGGUACGAUAUGGGUAAAAACAUUUUCUUGUUAUAGUUGCUGAAAGAUAUCAAGUUCCUGUAUUGAGUGAUGAAGUCUACGCCCAUGUUGUAAGUUUUUCAUUUUCUCACCUUAGAUAUAAUAAAUAAUUUGAUUACCUUUGUUUUUCGCUAACUCCAACCAUAGCAUGCACAGUGGCAAAGCCAGCCCGACGAUUUGGUUUUGCUAUGCAAAUUUUAACUCAUCAUUAUUCAUUUCAAAUUGAUUGUGUUGAUAGUUUAUAAACAUGGCAAUAUUUGCAUAGCGGGACUGAAUUAUCGAUCGGGAUGGACUGAGCAUGCAUUUAACCAUUCCUUAUUGCCAAUCCCAUAUCUUCCCUAAGUCUUCCUUGACUUCCUUAGCUUUUCUCAAUAUUCUCUGUUUCUCUGCUUUCGUUAUACUCCUUAGCUUUCUCUAAUUUUCUCAAGGUUUCCAUUCCCAAUCCCCCCUGUGCCAGUGUGUGAUUUUUCUGCAGUCUUCUUCAGUUUUCCCUAGUUGUUCAUAUAGGUAUCAAGACACAGGGUUCGAUUUGGCUUUAGCAAUCCUAUGUCAUCAGUAGUUAAAGAGUAAUGCGAUAAUACUUGUAUCCAUUUUUCUAUCAACAGACAUUUGGAGAACGCCCAUUCUACAGUAUGGGAAGCUUGACAAAGAACGUCCCUGUUUUAACUGUCGGUGGUAUUGCAAAGAGGCAAGUAUCGUACUUGGGACUAUACCUAGUCUACCUCUAGUUCUUAUAUUUAAACUACAGUACACCCCCAAACGGGUUUGGUUGAAUUAACUGUCCAAAACGUUUAUGUUUUCACAGAUUUUUAGUGCCUGGCUGGAGGUUGGGUUGGGUUGUGAUUCACGAUAGAAAUCAAUCCUUUGGUGAAGAGGUAAGUUUUGAACCAGUUUAGACAUCAGCGUUAGUACCAAUAAGUGAUGACCCUGACUAGUACUACUGGACCAAUAAGUGAUGACCUUCACUAGAUAUCUAGGUAGAACAGUUUGGAACUGAUUGAACUAUCCAGUGUAAAUAAAGUUACUAUUAGGUUAGCUUUCCUCCUGUAGUAACUCUGCAGAAUCAUAAACGAUGAUUUUGACCGGACCUCUAUAGAGAGAACAGUUUAGAAUUGAAUGACCUUUCCAGUUUAAAAAUCUUAAAACUAGUUCAUUUAAUUUUCUAAACUUGAAAUUUUUACAUCUAUAAUUCUCAGAUCAGAGCUGGUUUACGUCGUCUUUCUCAAAGAGUUCUUGGUCCUUGUUCGCCACUGCAAGCAGCUUUACCAACUAUAUUGUCAGAAUGUAAACCACAAUUCUUUGAAAGUUCUCUCGCGCUUAUGAAAGUACGUGCAUAUAGAUUUCUUAGAAAUGUCUCAUCUGAGAGUGAGAUUUAAUAGAUGUGUGCUCAGUUUAUUUUAGUUCCUGUAUUAAGUUGUCUUAUAUUCUAUCUCACUGGAACUCUAUAGUGAGAACAGUUCAGAACUAAUAGAGAUAUUCAGUGAUAUAGAUGCGCUUGGUUUAUUUUAAAAUUUACUGGAAAUUUUUUCCAAAAUCCUUACUAUGGAAAUUGUAUGGCCGAUCUUGGUUGAAAAUAGCAUGAAAAUGAGGAAAUCCAAUUUUCAUACCAAUUGUAAUUUCCAUAUUGUGGAUAUAGUAUGGAAAUAGCAUGGGUAUACUAUGGAUUUAGUGAUGGAAAUAGCAUGGAUAUACUAUGGAUAUAGUAUGGGAAUAGUAUGGAUAUACUAUGGAUAUAGUAUGGAAAUAGCAUGGAUAUACUGUGGAUAUAGUAUGGAAAUAGCAUGGAUAUACUAUGGAUAUAGUAUGGAAAUAGCAUGGAUAUACUGUGGAUAUAGUAUGGAAAUAGCAUGGAUAUACUAUGGAUAUAGUAUGGAGAUAGCAUGGAUAUACUAUGGAUAUAGUAUGGAAAUAGCAUGGAUAUACUGUGGAUAUAGUAUGGAAAUAGCAUGGAUAUACUAUGGAUAUAGUAUGGAAAUAGCAUGGAUAUACUGUGGAUAUAGUAUGGAGAUAGCAUGGAUAUACUAUGGAUAUAGUAUGGAAAUAGCAUGGAUAUACUGUGGAUAUAGUAUGGAAAUAGCAUGGAUAUACUAUGGAUUUAGUGAUGGAAAUAGCAUGGAUAUACUAUGGAUAUAGUAUGGGAAUAGUAUGGAUAUACUAUGGAUAUAGUAUGGGAAUAGUAUGGAUAUACUAUGGAUAUAGUAUGGAAAUAGCAUGAAUAUACUAUGGAUAUAGUAUGGGAAUAGUAUGGAUAUACUAUGGAUAUAGUAUGGAAAUAGCAUGAAUAUACUAUGGAUAUAGUAUGGGAAUAGUAUGGAUUCUAAUAAUUUGCGAUGUGCAAUCGCAAAUUCCACAGUAUGAUUUUCACUAUAUUUUCCCCCAGUGAUUACAAGUUCCUACUAAGAUGUCUUAUAUUCUAUUGCAGAAUAUUUCAGAUAUAUUUUACGACAAUUUGUCUUGUAUUCCUGAACUUUAUCCAGUCAAGUCAUAUGGCGCAAUGUACAUGCUGGUACGUAACUCGUGAAAUUGUAAUGGAUUCAUUUGCCCUUGUUUGGCUUGUUAUAUAGCAGGUGCUAAACCUUGUUAUGAUAUGGCAGGAGCUAAAAAAUUUGAUUCCAUUUAAACAAGAACAAAAGAUUCUGGAUUCUCUGAAUUUUCCCGAUUGGAGUGUUCGGAUACAUCGACCGGUUUACACAUACGAGUCACUAAUAGAGGUGAUGUGCAACCACUCCCAUGGAAUUCAAAGGACAAAGCGAUUUUCGCCAUGUUGGAUUAUAUUUGCAUUGCAAACAAGUAAACUGAUCCUUUGUCAAUGUCAUCCAACAUGGCGACGGUGACGUAACUUGGACACCAGCAUGCACAGGGACGCCGGAACUGGGGGGCAGGGGGGGGGGGAGCGGCUGCCCCUCUUGCCAUUUGGGGGGGGGCAGAAGUGCCCUUUUAAUUGUAAAAUACUACGUGAUAAAUCACAUUUCCAGUGAUGCUUUUUCUGGAAAAAAUGAGAUUCAGGUAAUUUAUAGGCCCAGAGAAAGUAAAUUAACUGUGAAUUAGGUAAAGAAUGAUUGUGAAUUAGGUAAAGAAUGAGUUUAAUUUACAAAAAUGUUAGAAAAUUUUUGGAAUUUAGAAAAAAUUUUUAACUUAACGGAAAAUUUGGUAUGUCCGGAAAAAAUUUUUGACCCCUAAAAUGGUACACUAACCGAAAAUUUUUGGUGACGGGGGGGGAGGUGCCCUUGGUGUGCGUCUGCCCCCCUUUGCCUUAUUACCGUUCCGGCGUCCCUGAGCAUGCACCAAUAUUAGGUUAGGUUUACAUGAAGUAUAGUGCAUCGCGACGAACGAGUAGCGCAGGGGUUUAUGGGGUUGAGGAGAAGAACGCUCACAUCCCAUCCCCCUUCGCGCGAUGCACUACUUCAUGUAAACCUUUUAUACAGUGACUCGUAUGUGAAAUCCUUUUUAUAGCGCGCGCCUGGGGACGAGGCAGGGAUACGAGCGUUUACAUUGGAUGAACGUUAACUAACAAAUUGAAACGUUUAUAAUCGUAGCUAUAAAUUAGCAUGAAAUGCAUGUUGAAGUAAUUUUAAAUAUCUAUAUUCCCCUUUCGCAAACUUAACAGACGCUAAAAAGAGUCAAGUUUACUGCACAAACAAGUCAAACAAACAAAGUACUUAUAGUUGCGGAUUCAAGGUAACCGUUUAUACGUCGAAUUGUCUCGGAUUCUAAGUGUUUUUUCCGGAUUCCAAGUGUCCGGAUACGACUCAAACCCGACAUCACUGCGUGUGCCAGAAUCCGGUGCGAAUCGGGGUUCGUAAUGAAUCUGGAAUCUUUCGCUUUAGUAGUUUCACCGCCUGGAUUCAGUGGGAGAACACUUCCAAACCCCAUGACCAUAUGAAGUCUUAGCCAAGAUUACGCGAUCGUCACUUUUCUAAACGUGGUUCCCAAAUUUAUUGUGAAUAUUCCCAAUUACGUUUCCAAGUAUAAAAUGUUGGGCGUGGAGAAAUUGCAAAGCCAACUUCGCAAGUUGCUUAAUACUACAUGGCUAAAAACGCACAGGUUGUUCCAAGUUGAUAUCGACAGGCGUGAACAAUGCUGUGCGGCCAACUAUGAACAAGUUGUCAACCAUGUUGUUCCAAGUUGUUACAGUUGAACAAUGCUGUAGCCGGACAUGUUGACAACACUGUUCAUAGUGAGCCGCACAACCUUGUUCACGCCUGUUGAUAUCAACCUGGAACAAGUUGUUGAUUUUCUCAAUUUUUACGCGUGUAAAGUACCCAAACCGACAGCUUUGCAAUUUUUACGCCCAAUAUUGCAAAUUUAGAAACGUACUUUUUUUGGACUAUUCACAAUAAACUUGGGAAUCGCACUUAUGAUUAAAUGAGACACCACUCAGCGAGUCUGGAUUUUUUUCGUUUAGAUUGGUAUAAAAGUUGAGAAGUUGUAUGGUAUAGAAAAUGAUGUUGAAUUCACACAGCUAUUGAUGUCAGAGCAAUCUGUGUUUUGUCUGCCUGCUAAGGUAAGUUGCUUGCGAAAACGGUAAGAAAAAAUUAAAGGGCCGGUCACAGAGAGAGCCUACCACGUGUCUGUGUAAAUAUAUAGCUCAGUGUUGAAGACCGCUGCCAUAUGUAUUGUAUACGUUGGGUUCCCUGUGAGGUUUCGGAGGGAUAUUUUAGGAUAUUAUAGGGAUAUUUUGGGUUAGGUUAUUUCUGGGUUAGGGUUAUUUGUGAAUAAAUUAGGGUUAGUUGUGGAUAAUUGAGCUAAAAACUGCUGGACCUAGCUACAGCAAUGGCCUAAAGUUUUUGUUCUUUUUCGCAGUGCUUCCAGUAUCCAAACUUUAUUCGUGUGGUCCUCACGUGUCCCGAGGAAAUCGCGCGCGAAGCCUGCGUGAGGAUUGCGCAGUUUUGCAAAGAUCACCGAAAGAGCGCGUUGACCAACGGGCACGUAAAUGGUGGACAUUAAAAAUAGAGUGGAAAAUAAUUGGGAAACGUUUCUGAUUUCAUGAUUGAAACUGUUAUAUACUACGGGAGUCUUAGGAAGAAUAAACGCACGUUUUUGCUUGCUGCCACCGAAUGAGCCAAUUAGACGCAAGAGUUUCGACUCGUGUACCCUGGGUACCAGAAUAAGAGGCUCUGGUAUCCAGGAUAUGACUCGCGGUUUGUGUAGGAAAAAUUUCCAUGGACAGAAAGUUUUGUAAAAUGUGAUUGGCCGACACAAAUUUUCCGUCGGAAAAAGUUUUGAAGUUUAAAAUUUUCAACUUUAACAAUGAUAUUUUCGGAAAAUUUUCUGUCUGUGGAAAAUGUGGGCCUUUUUACAUGUAGCUGAGAAUGGAAGCAUAUCAAAGUAUUAAACUAUUCAAUCUUGGUGUUUUUUGUGUAUUCACUAAUGAUGAUUGAACUGUUGAAUAUACUUUCAUACGCAUAUUCUAAUUUCACGUAUUGGCUACUAUGUAACCCCAUGUUAUUAUAGUUUAACUACAAUUUAUCCCGACGCAAACGUGUCAGUCAUUUGGAUACGCAGUCGACACUCUGAAUAGGCAAUUCCAGCUAUGGACUAAAUUUUUAUCUAGGCAAGAAGAACAAAAUCCAUCAGCACAGCUAGAAAGAGGCAUAGAGCAUGUUAAAAUUAGUAAAAUUGCAAUGUUUGGUUGCGAAAUGUUGUAUAAUGAGGAAAAUAUAGCCCUGUGACGUUUCGCAAAUUGUGUAUACGGAUUUGUAUUACGCGCGUGAAAAAUAACCAUUUAUACAAAAUUUGCGAACUUCACAGGGCUAUAUUUUCCCGAUUUUUAGUAGAACAAUUCACAACCAAACUUUGCAAUCUACUAAUUUUAACAUGCUCUUUCUAGCUGUGCUGAUGGAUUUUGUUCUUCUUGCCUAGAUAGUCUAGCUGGAAUUGCCUAUAAUUGGCUUAUUCACAUUUCGGAUAACUCGAAAUACUGGUACAGUAUUAGACCAUCUAUUAUUUUUAACGCCCAUUUCCACUCAGGAAAAUUUUCCGAACAAAGAGAAUUUUGUAAAAUGUGAUUGGCUGACACAAAUUUUCCUUCGGAAAAAAUUUCGAAGUUAAAAAAUUUUUAACAAUGAUAUUUCUGGAAAAUUUUCUGUCUGUGAAAAUUUUUCUUGAGUGGAAAUGGGUCUUCAGUAUAGAAUGGGUAAAUAUCAAGGUGAUAACAUGCAUAAACAUGCAUAUUAUAUUAUCUUCGACAGACGUCUUCAUGUCGGUAAAUAUUGAGAUGUGUCCUUUAUGAUAUUGUAUAAUGCACCUAUCAUUGUUUUCCCCCUGAGGGGGGGGGUGCGGGCGACCCAGGGGACUUUGACCACACUAUGAAGCCCCAGUGAGGGGAAUUUGACCUACGCAUCAACUCCCAGAGUCGGGAAAUUUUGACAUCCGCCAUCUUGAAAGUUUGCGCGGUUUUGACAUUGAAAGGCCUGGUAACAAGUAUGGCGGAGAAGCACGAUCAAGUUUCAUCGAAAAAGGUAUUUUAUAGCCUUUUAUACACAGUGUCUCAAUUUUUACCAAGUUUAAACCAGUAUAGACUGUAUGUUCGCAUUGGAAAACGUGUGUGUGCCUUGUUAUCUUAGGAAUAUAGUGGGGAAUUUUGACAGCCAUUCCUUGCCCAACAGUGGGGAUUUUGACAACAAAAUUUUAAAAAUGUCAAAAUUCCCGUGGGUUGCCCGCACCCCCCCCUCAGGGGGAAAACAUUGAUAGGUGCAUAAUGUACACUGUACAGUAUUUAUUUUUAUUAAUGCGUCUUUGUUAACUUAAUUAACGUAAAUAAAUUAAAUAUUACAUAAAUGAAAUAAGUGGCAUGUAAAUUUACAAUUACAUAAUGUAAAAAUACUGCUAAAUGAUUGUGUUCACGUUUAUG